AUGAUAGCUAUGUCGAAACGUUCUUUAAUAUUUGUUUUAAUUGGAGUUGCUGUUCUUGUUUAUUACGUUACUGCCGCGAUAUUGAUAUGGAGUUACAAACACCAGCCAAACGCAACCUACAAGAGCAAGCUGAUAAUCAUGGAGUCUAUGAUACGUCAUUAUCACGAUGAUGAAUAUCAUUUAAGUAAUGAUGAUAUUACAAUUAAAGAUAAAGCUCGACAUGAUUAUUUUGAUGAUCUAACUAAAGAUGACAACCUACGCAAAAUUUGUGUUUUAGGGAUCAAACUAUUGCACAAUUAUUUACAUAAUCAUGAUUCUGAUGAUUUAACCACAGUCAGAAACAUUGUAGAUAAGGUUUUGACGCAAACUGGAAGUCGAACUGAGGGUGAAACUCUUGAUGCUGACAAAUGGGAACUAUACAUCGUUGAUAUCCCCCAUUUUAUGGCCAUGUAUUAUUUAAUUGUCAAAGACGAUAGUUCUAAUACUGCUAGGUUAACUCACUGCUAUGAAUAUAUUAAUAGUGUUAUAAACUCUAACAUGGAAUCAACCUGCCUCAAUUCUACUCCAUCUAAGACUGAUUUUAUAAAAAUUGGUGCACCUUAUUUGCUAACGAAUUACAUACGAUCACUUGAAGAUGAGAACUGUUUAAAAUUAUACGAAAAAGCUAGAAAAAAUAACAAUUUAGAGUUAUUGAAUAAGUAUCUAUCGUAUGACACUAGUGAUGAAGUAAAAGAAAUAUAUGGUGUCUUAAGUGUCGAUGGUGAGACCAAGUUGAAAAGUAAACCAGCUGAAGCCCUCAAGUGCUUUGACUUGAUGAAUAAGACCAUUAAAUAUAAAGACAUGUACAUUGCUGUUUAUAACACGCUUGAUGUUCCUGGAAACUUAUGGAAGUCAUUACUAAAUCUUUUCGAAAUAAUUCAAAAAUUCUGGCCUACUGGAUGGCUUAGUGAUAUGAUCUAUGACUCAUAA